CUGAUCCCAGAGGUGCACAGUGGCAGAUGGAUUGCACCUCCUGACAGCAGGAACGCAUUGCUGCGCAUACGACGUCUCUGCACACCGCUUGGCACAUUCCAUUGCUGCCUCAGGUUCGCGCUGUAGUUCUCUCAGGGAAACGGUGGGAGGAUCGUCCCUGCACCUUCCAAAUAUUCCCAGUUUUCCUUUAUGAGGAAUUUAAUGAAUGCGCUUGUUGGUGACUGCCCCCACCACACCAGUAAUAUUACAGAAUGUAGUAGCAUGAAUGCUGUAAGAAGGAUUAAUUUCAGGUCCGUUGAUGGGUAGACUUGCUAAGAAGUGUGGAAGGAAAGCAGUGCUAUCCACGGGAUGCCAUCUUUGGUGAUUGUCGCUGGGAUGAAUGGCCUCAAUGCUUUCUGAAAACAGAAACGGAAUGUUUGAGCAGAUAACUCCCGCGUAUUAACCAGUAUGACAUUUAGAAAUUUUGUUGUUUAAGUGGAUGGAGAUAGUAGACAGCGACUCGGCAGGAAUCUACUGGAUAGUAAUCCAUUCCGGUAAUGAUGGAUGGUCACGCACUCCAGCCAAACCAGAGUAAAGGCUUCACUGUAUGUGAGAGUUUUCCUAAUUCUGACCCCUUACUGGUGUCACCACUAGUUGUGGCUGGGAUAGUGAUCGGCCUUGUGCUGUUCCUGUCUUGUAUGACAAUUAUUGUUGGCAGUCUGAAAACAGACAGCAGAUUGAGCAAUCCACAUCUACAAACAGAAGCUCUCUAUGCCACAGAUUCCUACUGUUAUGGCAGUUCCAGUGGUGAGUUGAGACCAGCUUGUAUAGAAGUUUUCCCACCUUACUAUGAUUUUGAUUCCUUUGUGGAGUCUCUCACUCAGGUCAAUGUGAUCUAUCCUGAUUCUCCUCCAUGCUAUGAAGAAAGUGUAGGGCUUGGAGGAACACAGAGGGAUAUUCCUACACAUGACCCUCCGCCAUACUCAGCAAAUGAUCCUUAUCUGAGGAGUGAGAUGCAAGAAGACAUUGGCCAUGAUGAAGAGAAUUUUAGGAUUUCAGGACAUCCUUUGUAUUAUCUGCCUGGGAUGCAGGAGCUGCAGCAUCCAAUUCCAUCAAUUUUCCUUCCAUUGAUUCCCCUUGAGGAUGCUCCUCCUUAUGAGACUGUGGCUGGUAUACAAAACACACAGAUUCCUCUUAUUCCACAGGAUGUUCUGAAAAAUUCAUCACCUGAGCACCAUCCCAUUCUUGUAACAGAUUAAUGUAAAUAAUGUGAACUUUUAGUAAAUACAUUUUGUAGGAACUGUUUUCCCUGUGGUAGAAAACAUUUUAAAAGUAAAUCUCUAAUAUAAAAUUAUUUCUGAUCUUAUACAGUAUAUUUAUAAUGUUAGACUUUUUAAUUUAUGGAGUAUAUGAAAUAACAUUCUAAUCCAACUUUUUUACUGUUUAGUAUAUUGUUAUAAGAAGUGAAUUUUUAUGUACUAUAUAUAAAGACUUGUAUCUCAAAUCAUGGCAGACCAUAUUUGUUAUAUUCAUUAAAUAUAUGCAUCAGUUAAACAUGAGAUUUAGUUGUAUUUUGCUUUUUCAUCGAAUCCGUGACAUCAGGUUAUUUCAUUUGCCCUGUCCACAAAUUUGCUCAAGAAUUGACCAGUAUGGCCCUCCUGAAGAAAAGAGGUGCUGCCUGGGGGAAUAUACUGGUAAGUUGAGAAUGGUCAUGAGACUCAAUGGCCUUGGAAUAUGUAUGAAUCUGUGAGUCAUUAGAGUAAUCAUCAGAUGUGCAGGUCAGUGAUCCAGGCACAGAGAACUGCUAACCAAACCACUCUGUAGACUCUAAGCUGGUGAAAUGUUUUAUCACAUACCAGAUCUGUCUAGUUGUGAAAACAAUAUGAUUUUGAUUUUUGUGGAGGCAGCUAGAAUUUUAUUUGUAAUAUAAAAUGUUUUGUAAAAAUAAUAUAUGCUUCUGUUUGGAGUGUACAAAUUUGAAGAUUAAAAAAAAAAAUAGCACACACAGAAAAAUGAUCUGUUUGAUAUCUGUUGCAAGUUAGGGU